UUUCAUAUUGCCGGUUGAUAGUAGAGUACUUAAAAGUGCUGGUGUUUGCUGUAAAUAUUAAAAAGAAAAAAAUAUUACUAAAAAAAAGUGCUAAAAAUCAUGACCAAAGUAUUACCAAAAUCUAUUUUAUUGGCAUUUAUCAAUUUGGCCUUCUUGAGCUGUGUUACAUGGGCCAAUAAUUGUCCGGGUUGUGUGGACUUAGAUGAUAUAACAUUUGAGAAAACCAUUAAACGUUUUCCCUAUGCUUUGGUUAAAUUUGAUAUAGCCUAUCCGUAUGGUGACAAACAUGAAGCAUUUGCAGCCUUUGCCAAAGCAGCUCAUGCUGCCACCGAUGACCUCUUAAUUGCUACCGUGGGCGUCAAGGAUUAUGGUGAAAAUGAGAACAAAGCAUUGGCUGAGCGUUUUGAAGUAGAUGAGAAAAAUUACCCCGCAAUAUUUCUAUUUCGUAAGGGUGAGGAUAAGCCUUUACCUUUACCCUCUCACUUGGAUAUUAGUGUGGAUAGUCUAAAGACUUUUGUCAGUUCCAAUACUGAUUUGUAUAUUGGUCGCGAAGGCUGUCUUAAGCAAUUAAAUGAUUUAGCUAAGAACUUUGCCAACUUGGAAGACCCGCAACAACAGGAACGUUUGGCUGAAGGUAAAAAAUUGGCAAACAAUUUUACCAAAGAUUGGGAAAUGGCAAGUGCUAAAACCUAUAUUACUUUUAUGGAGAAAAUCAUCAAAAAUGGUUAUAAAUUUGUGGAGGACGAAACAAAACGUUUGUUACGUUUAAGAGCCGGUAAAGUAUCACAGGCUAAAAAGGCUGAAUUAAAUAUUAAGUUAAAUAUCUUAGAAGCUUUUCGUGUGAAUAAAUUAACUAAAGAAGAGUUGUAAAAAAUCCAAAGCCAAAGAAAAUAUGUUGUGUUAAAUUAUUGUAAUGUUGUGUUGGGUUAAGGGAAAAAGUAGUUUCCUGAUUGGUAUUUGAAUAGCAGUAGUAUGCUGUGCCACGGCCACUACUAUUCAAACACUCAUUUUUAAUAUUAUUGAGUUUAGCUUUAGCUUAGUAAUUUACUAAAUUACUACGUGGCGUGGCACUACUCUUGGAAUGCCCAUUUUAACCGAAAUAUAUGUAGAAUUUCCCCAAAAGUUAAAUCCCGGGGUCUAAAGGCUACUUUCCUAAAGUAAGAAAACAGUAUUUUCCACCAUGGUAAUACAUAUUGAAGACAUUAUACAAAA